AUGGAUGACUUCAGACAGAAGCCCAUGGACAACACAACUAAAAAGAAAGUUACUGCAGCCAUAGCUAAAUGGGUGGCUACUGCAUGUAGGCCUAUUAACGUUGUGGAGGACGAGGGUCUAGCUGAUAUCAUUCGCAUUGCAUCCAACGACUGGACCUACAAAUUGUAUUCUAGAGCCACCAUUACAAGCCACGUACAGACAUUGCACGAAACGGAGAAGGCUAAGGUACAGCAGGCGUUGGAGGAGACAAAAUCAGUUGCGUUCACUGGUGAUUACUGGACUUCCCUCAGUAAUCACAACUACCUCGGGGUCACAGCCCAUUACUUUGAUCCACAGUGGAAACUUCAGUCGCAUGCUUUGACUGUUUUAAAGACAGAAGAUAGACACUUCGCUAAUGCUGUUGCAGAGCUCUUUAUGCAAGUAGCGAGAGAGUGGGACAUUCAACACAAAGUUGUCUCACUGACCACUGAUAGUGCACGCAACAUGAUUGCAGCGGCCAGGCAGCUCCCCUUUGAGCACAUGCCGUGCAUCGCACACAUUGUGCACCGAGCCGUCACAGUUUCUCUAACCAACAGCCCGUUUGACAGCGCAUUGGCAAAAUGCAGAAAAGUUGUGGGACAUUUUAAGCACAGCCCAGCAAACCAAGCGGAGCUCGAGCAGCAACAAGUCGCACAUCAGAAUAAAGAAUCACUCGCACAGGAAGUGUCAACCAGAUGGAAUAGUACCCUGGAAAUGAUCAAGCGUGUUCAGCGGAAUGCUGAACCUCUGAGAGAUGCACUGGCCCAGCACACAACCAAUGUCGCCAUGUCAACAGCUACUGAGCUGGAGAAACUGAAGAAGCUCGAGGCUGUGCUGGAGCACUGCAGGUAUGUUUCUGAACUUCUGGGAGGAGAGACGUUUGUGUCUUGCUCAGCGGUGCUGCCAACAUUAUGUCAUCUGUCGCGAGUGAUGGAGGUCACUGAGGACGACCCAGCUUACAUGAUCAAGUUCAAAGAAACCUUCGCAGCAGACAUGGAAGGUCGCAAGGAGAAGACCAACAUCACAUGGCUGAGAGUUGCGACAGCACUUGACCCAAGGUUUAAGGACCUCAAGUGUCUGGGCAAACCUCACAGGGCUAAGGUGUGGGAUGCGAUCCGCGCCUUGCUCCUGGAUAUGGAGAGGCCUGCACAGCCGGUUAACCAAGUCACGCCUGAGCCUCCUAUGAAGAAACCAACUCUCAUGCUUGCACAUGAGUCUUCGUCUGAUGAAGAGGAGGACAGUAUUGAGCAAUGUCUGGAGCGCUACAAGGCAGAGCCUCUUGCUGGCAUGGAUGACUGUCCCCAGGAAUGGUGGUCCACACAUGAAGGGGCACACAGUGAAAUGGCCUGCCUUGCACGCAAGUACUUGGCAACACCAGCCACAUCUGUACCAUCUGAAAGGUUGUUUUCACUGUCUGGGCAUGUUGUUCAAAAGAAGCGAGCUUCCCUGUUGUCUGAAAAUGUCAACAGGCUUGUCUGUUUGAGUAACUGGCUCAAAGCAAAGAAGUAG